AUGGGUGUUUCUGCAAAAUGGGUUUAUGUGUUUCUGCUCCUAUUGACCAUUACUUCCAACAUGUUUUUAUUCAAUCAAGGAGACGAGGAUAUUGACGAUAAUGGGUUCGAAAGUGGAAUGUUUGGUAAUGAUGAUUGUCGAUUUAGAGGUUGGCGGGCCUGUGGAGGUCGUGGUGGCGGGGGGCGAGGACUUGGAGGAGGAGGAGGCGGUGGUGGUGCUGGUGGGGAUGGCGGUGCUGGUCAUGGUGAGGGCUUUGGUGCUGGAGGUGGUGAGGGAGGCGGCGCUGGGGGAAGUAUUGGAGGUGGUGGAGGCUUCGGGGCCGGGGGUGGUGGAGGUGGUGGUACUGGUGGUGGGUCGGGUUAUGGAAAAGGAUUCGGAGCUGGGGUUGGUAUAGGUGGCGGUACUGGAGGAGGCAUAGGAGGAGGUGGCGGUUUUGGCGGUGGUGGGUCAGGUCACGGUGCAGGAUUUGGAGCUGGCGGUGGAGUAGGAAGUGGUGCGGGGGGAGGCGCUGGAGGUGGUGGUGGUUUUGGUGGCGGUGGAGGAGGUGGUUCCGGUGGUGGACAUGGUCAUGGUGGUGGGUUCGGUGGUGGUGUAGGAGGUGGAAGUGGUGGUGGAGGUGCCGGAGGUGGUGGCGGUUUCGGGGGAGGUGGUGGUGAAGGGUCCGGUCUGGGUGGUGGUUUUGGUGCAGGUGGGGGUGUAGGAGGUGGAGCUGGUGGUGGUUCAGGGGGUGGUGGAGGUUUUGGUGGCGGAGGUGGUGGAGGUGUUGGUGGCGGAUCUGGUCAUGGUGGUGGAUUUGGUGCAGGUAUUGGUGGUGCGGGAGGUGGUGGAGGAUUUGGAGGAGGAGGUGGUGGUGGAGGCUCCGGAGGUGGGUCAGGUCAUGGCAGCGGUUUCGGUGCGGGGGCUGGUAUAGGUGGGGGUGCCGGUGUCGGCAUUGGAGGGGGUGGAGGUUUUGGUGGUGGCGGAGGUGGAGGGAUUGGUGAUGGACAUGGAGAAGGCAGCGGGUUUGGUAGUGGCGGGGGUGCAGGUGGCAGUGCUGGCGGGGGUGCAGGUCUGGGUGGUGGUGGGGGUGGGGGUGCUAGUCUGGGUGGUGAGCAUGGUAUAAGCGGUGGAUUUGGCAUAGGCGUUGGCAUAGGCUUCGGGUUUGGAGUUUCUAGCGUCGGAGAGGGUGGUGGCGCCGGUGGCGGUGAUGGAGGAAACUAA